AGGAGUAAGCGACGUUCUUGUCACCAGUUUCGUGUGUAGAUAGUCAUCUUCUACUUGUAGCUCGAAGUCGAACACGAAUACAAAAUGACCUGGAACACAGCGCCUGCAACUAAAAAGGUCAAGCCGGAGCAUCUCAAAGGCCCUGCCAAACCGCUUGGGAUCCCGCAAAUCUGCAGUUACUGCCACCAGACUUUCGCUUCCAAGAAUGUCCUCUUCCGGCAUCUAAGAUUUGGUCCGAAAGACGACGACAGUGAUUGCGCGAGGAAAGUAGCAGCUCAAGGUGGCAUUCAAUUUGGCGGAAGGCAUGCACCAAGUAGAGGGGACGCUAUUAAAGCGUUGGUGAGUGACGUGGUGGUUGUUACGGACUGUGGAGAUCGUGAUGCGGGAACGGCAAGUAGUACAGAAGGUACAGGAGUUGCAGCUGCACUGGGAGGUGGCUCCGAAGAGAUCGGUGGUUCUUCUAGUAGCUCAUCAUUCUUGAGUUCUACUUGUUGUACUAGUGAUGUGCCAGAUGUUCUUGACGCAGUGAGAUCGCAUCAAGCAGAACAACCUCCACAGGAACUAGCUGAAAAGGACCAAGGCAUUAUUUUUAGAAACAGAAGAACUGGCAGCAAAAAUAAGCCUAGUAAAACUGCUCAAAACAAAGCCGAGCUACAUCGGUCCGCUGGGUUUUCGACAAAGCCCGAGCAGGAGCUAUGGAUGGGGGCUAUUCCUCAGCAAUACGCCAGUAUCCGUGCGAUUAGACAAUUGAUUUGGGAAAAUCUUAAGACGCCAGAGGAGAAAGCAUGGACGAUUCACGUAAAGAAGUUAGUGAAAAAGGGCUACAGAAAGUCUGCGAAAGAGCCUUGGAUGGCGUUUGCGAUAUUGGCAUUCAAGACAAGAAUAGAAGCAGAGCGGGUCUUGGAGGUGCUCAAUGGAAGAGUAUUGGUGAGGAAGGAAGAUAGGAGAGCUGAAGAGGCGGAUGUUGGGGAUUUGGAUCAUGUGAGCCGGGAACAUGAUAGAGAGGAUUUUCUCUUUUUCUUGAGAAAAAGGGAAACGAAGACGUCGAAUCCUGCUCGGAAACAAGCAGUGGUAGAUCAGGACGACGCAUCGACUCAAAAAACUAUCAGCUGCACUGGAAUAAACGGCGACGGUGGACGAGGUAGUCGUGGUGCUGGUGGUCCUGCUUCGGCAGCAACUUCGUCUCCUGGCGACCAAGUGCAACAGGAGGACGACCAAGACCAGGAUAACAGCAGCAGCACCAGUCCCAGACUUCCAUCUUUGGGUGUAUGCGAAAUGCCUCCGCUUUUCAACCGGUUGAUGGCCCUGCCAUUAGAACAACUUGUAGAACGAUGGCAAGUGCUUUCGGAGAUUGGCGAAGACGAGAAAGAUAGCACUAGUACAACUAACAGUUCCUUUGCAGCUUUGAUUUCAUCCUUGAAAUCUGAGUUGAGGUCGUCCCUUGAGUCGACGAGGCGUGGUGACAACGUCAACAUCUCGAAAAGCAAUAGUAAAGGACCUAUAGCGAGGGCGCUUGCGAAAGUACAAGAAUUUUGCGAAGCCGCGAAAGCGAUAGAAGUUGUACCACCCAAUGCUACGACUACUGCUCCAUCUCCUUCAUUUGGCACCAAACCCAUUCCUAAUCUUUUCAACCAAGCCUCCCUCACCGGCCGCUCAAUCCCCGAGCCCCUUUGCGCGAAACUACACGAGGAAUUGAAAGCUCUUCAAUGGCCGAUCCAAAAGCAUAGGCAGAGACUAAAGUCUGACCAUUACGCGGUUGUAUGGAGAAACCGGCCAAGACAGGAAUUUGAAAGCAUUUAUCCGUUGUUUGAAGAGUUGAUGGAGUGGGCUGGGAAAAACGGAGCUGGGAAAAACAGUACUGUUAAGGCUUCUACCUCUAAUCCACCUCUGACUGCAGUGCAGAUCCCUCUUACUUCCAUAUCAUGAUAUCAAGGAAGUACUUACAUAUUGCCGAGGGAUCCCUUCAACAGAGAUGCUGGAUUAGGCCACGACCUCUAAUACUGGCAUCCCCUGGACCCACAUUGCGGUGACGAAGAAUUUUGUCGGCAGUCCACACAUUGACGAGUUCGACCAAACUUUCCAGUUCUGUGCUAGUUUUGGGGAAUUUCAAACCGGUGGGGAGCUUUGCGUUGAGGACUGCGAUCUGGGUCAUAUUCAUAAGAGGAGGGAAAUGAAACAUAUCACUUCAGGAGAAGAAGAGUCCUUGGAUUCCCUGGCCAGAACCAGUACAACCGCUACCACCAGCACCAGUACGGGUUCCUCGCCAGCAAGAGACCAAGGAGCACUACAUCCUGAUGUGGACCCAGCAGUGGCAGGUGAACCUGAAGACCCGCGUUUAGUACCCUUUUCGUCUACUCUCUACGUGUGCACGACGAAAAACCGGCUAGUGAAAGUGGACGGUCGGUACGUGCAUUUUGUCCGCGGAUACGAUCAAAAAAAUUUUGAUCGGUACUCGUUGGUCUUCUAUUGUCUGGAUGAAAAGGGAUUUACGCCGAAAAAAGGGGCAGUGGAUUGGGAAUGGAUGGUGGGGGAAUGUCGAUGAAGUUUUAAGUAGAUGAUGUUGAUCUUGAUGUUCUACAUUUAGAUGAAGAUGGUCUAUCUUCGUACCUUUGCGACAAAAAGAGGUUCUAGUACCCAAAUUGGUCUACGACAGCGAAUGCGAAAACCCGAAUCAUGCAUCAACGCGACAAAACAUAGAAGACUUGGAGCGAAACCUUCAAGAUAAAG